AGUUGGUUGUGGCAAGUCUACUCUUCUUCAGUGUCUAUUGAAAGAGCUACCUGCUUUGAGUGGUACGGCAAUGGUUAAAGGAUCAAUUGGGUAUGCUAGUCAAGAAGCAUGGGUGUUCUCAGCUACACUGAGGGACAAUAUACUGUUUGGUUUACCGUAUGAUUCUGACAAAUAUGAGUCUGUGAUAGAAGCGUGUGCUCUUGAGAAAGAUAUUGAGCUACUGCCUGAAGGCGAUUUGACUCUAGUAGGAGAGAGAGGAGUGACUCUCAGUGGAGGACAGAAAGCUAGAGUAAAUCUAGCGAGGGCAGUCUAUCGUCAAGCUGAUGUUUAUCUUCUUGACGAUCCUCUGAGUGCAGUAGAUGCAGCAGUCAGUAGACAUCUUUUUGAGAGGUGUAUUUGUGGAAUAUUAUCAGACAAGAUUGUUAUACUAGUAACUCAUCAAGUACAAUAUCUUGAACGAUGUGAUGCUAUACUUGGACUGAAUGAGGGUCGUGUGUUAGUAUAUGGUAAUGCAAGGGAUGUUCUGAAAGAGGACAGUGGUAUAUUUGAACUAUUAGUUGAUGAUACCAGUACUUCUGAUGAUGGCUUUAAAAUCAGGAAACAAAGUAUUAGUACUGGAUUAGAACCACAAACAUUGGUGACAUUUGAACAAAAGCUAAGCAGUUUGAAUGAAGAUGAUGAUGAUCAUGAAAAAGAUAAUUCUGUUGAACAAUCUCAAGAAGAAGUAGCUUCACUCAAGAAAAUCUCUUCAACUGACACA